AUGGUCGCCCUCAGAGCGCACUGGUUACCUGGAGUGCGAAACUACACAGGGCAGGCCAGGUGGAACGGAAAGUGUGCCGUGGCAUCGACAGAGCGCGGGGAGAACUUGAGGGCCGAGAUCCGAGGGUCGAGGGCCGCAGUGGUGGAUACCGUUCCGUGGCCCGAGACGGGGGAACCUCACGCGCAGCUGCCCGACGAGGACCGCCAGCGCAGCGAAGCAGCUGGGCAGUGGGCCAUUGCGUUCCCGAUGUUCAAGAUACGCGCGUCGUGGGCGGAGCGCGCCCACGCCGUGGCGCAGGCGCCAGCGCCAGAGGUGCGCGCGGCUGGAGCGAGCCUGGUCGACCGGCUUGCGGGGCUGCAGCUGAAGCUGAAGACCGCAGCCGGGGCCGAGUACAAGGUGAACGCCGACGGAGGCGAGUGCAUCGGCGACGUGAAGGCCCGCCUGGAGAAGACGCACGGCAUCCCCGCCGGGUCCCAGCGCAUCAUCCUGCUGGGCCGCGAGCUCCCGGACGCGCAGGAGCUGCUCGCGGCGGGCAUCCGCGACGGACAGUCCCUGCAGCUCGCGCUGCGGGAGGGCGCGGCCGCCCCGCACGGGCCCGCGCGGCCCCGAGGCUCCGGCGUUGCACCGCCGCCGCCUCCGGGGCCGCCGCCGAACGUGAGGGCGUCUGCCGAGAACGCCUCCCGCGCAGCCGCGGUGCGCGAG